AUAUCUGAAAGCGUCGUAAGAAGCCUCGUCCUCUCAAUUUCCAGCGAACCUUCAAUGACCAUGCAUCAUGAUCUAACUCAGUUACAUUACGCCGACUAGAAAGAUGAUUCUACUUAUUGUUUUACUGUCAGUCCCAGACCUUGCCGGACCCUUUGUUAAACGUUUCUCGCCUCGAUGUUGCCCCGAAUCACUACCCAAUCCUUCUUCGCUUCACUCUGCCUUUGGGUGGUUGCCUGUGGUUGCACUGGCAGUUUUUGCAUCACCUCUGCCAGCUCGUGGCAGUGCAGGAACUGCCCCUGCCCCGAUACGCGCUGAGCAUAUCCUGUCAUCAAUAGUCCAAGCAGAUCUUCGAGUCAUCUUAAUAUAUCAGGAUGAUCCGAAAGAGCAUGCAUUCUUGGCCAUCGAUAAUACAGCCGUUCAUGCUUGCGUCUCCAAAAUCCAGCUCAUGACAAGUGACACCAUUCUUAUUCCUGAGAAAACCUCCACGCUCCGAGUCCAGAACACCACGAAAGGUACCCUCAAAACAAUGCCAAUUGGUAAGGCAUCAUUCGUGAGUAGGGAACAUAAAGAGAAUGUCAUCAAUGAGAUGAUUAACGUGAAGAUGCCCCCUUUUAAUCAGAAAGGAACCUGUGUGGAUUAUAUCAGGAUAGUGCUGCAGAAAUUCAAGGACCGUGGAAUUAUCGUCGACUCGGUUCUGGAAAGCUACGAAACAAUCUACAAAGAGAGGUACCAAGCAGGAUACGAGCGGCUUGGGGUAGCACCUGGUGAGCGAACAAGGAGAUAA